CAGAGAGUCAGUCAUCUCAACAGGGGGUCGUCUCAGCAGCAUCGAUGCCCAGGAUCAGCAGCGGUCACCAUGGCCCGGUUUGAGAAGGUAUUAGACCGAGUGCAGCUGGCUCUGUCAUGGGCGUCUCCUGCAGAGAUCACAGCUCUGAUCGACGGUCUGGUGAAGGAGCAGAUCCUCUCAGAGGGCUACGCCAAGAGCUUAAGUCUGAACCAGCUUACAGCGAACAUCGCAAACAUGCAGAUCCACAGCAGACCAGGAUCUGAUUAUUACGCCCAAGGAUGUACGGCCCACUACCAGAACCAAGGUCAACCCAACCAGGGGAGGACAUAUGGGUCAUCACGGUGUGGAGGAGCUGGUUACAACCAAACAAGAUCAGAGUCAUGGAUCAUGGAUGGACCAGACUGCAUCACCUCUGAGUCAAGACUUCAUCCACUGAACGAUGAAGUCCACUUCAAUCACACGCUCUUUUCUGCACAAGACUUCCAAUACAGCUCGAAUGAUGAAGUGACAGAACUGCUGAGAAGUGCACAAUCAGAGCAGGAUAGAGAGAGUGAUAGUGAAAGAAUGAUGGAGGGGAAUUCUGCAGAUGAAAAGGAGUGGUCAGAGCAGGUAGAGCAGGCCGCCCGGAGGAUAGCCAUGCCUCUGUGGCAGCACUGGGAACGAGGACAGAGCAUGUUGCUGCCGCUGGUUCCUCAUACGACUACUGACUCUGAAACAAGAGAGGACACAGACAGCGGAGCACCGUAUCCUUUCAUGACUACUGAAGAGGAAACAGAGCUCGCAGUAGCAUGCAGGACACUGGACGAGUAUGGUGCUGAGUCUUUCAGCACAGAGACAGACAUCACAAAGUUUGUGGAAGACUUAUCUUUGCACGAAACAGUUGGAUUUUACACGGAUCAGUCUGACAUCUCUGGGACAAUGAGACAUGCAUCACCUGUGGAAACACCUGCAAACACAAACUACAUCACACACAGGCCAGAGGAGGUCCUGGAUGUGUGGAUGGGAGCUGACAGGACCACAGAAGACCUGCUUUGUUCGGCAGCACACGGACAAUGUGCCGUUGCACGACUGUUUUCUCUGUGUGCAGGCGAGGAGACAUGUACUGACACACCAAACAGAAACACAAGCGGGACAUUAGAUGCUGCUUAUAAUGCAGGAUAUGUUUCUAUGAGUCCUUACAGUUCAGACAUGUGCAGCACUGAUGGAAGAACAGAUGAGGAUGAGAAUAUAGGAGACACAGAUCUGUUGGAGUCAAGCUGGGGUGUCAUGAUGCAGGAGGGGGAGCACGACCCGUUCUUUGGUCUCAACCCGGAGGAUCUCCCAGAUGAUUUAUCUGAGUUCUUGAACGAGGAUUACUUGAGGACGAUAGACACUGAUGACUUCUUUGGGGGUCCGUGGCUGAGCUGUGGGGAUGAACUUAACAGCUUCAGUGACGCAGGAAAGCCAACAGAGCCGCCCAACCAGGACCGACCCCAGCAGAGACAGAGUGAUGAACUGAAAGACAAAACAAAUCAAAGGAGGAAAAGACCGAGAGCUCCCAGGUCACAGCGAUGCUCUGAUGAAAACACUCCAUCCAGGCCCAAACGACAGAGAGCAGCAGGACGACAGAAAACCAAAGAGGCACAGGCUGAGGCCCCUGUGAGGACAGGCACUGAUGCAGGAUCAGAGCAAAGUCCUACAGAGGUGUCCGGCCUCGCCACCACUCCACCAAGAAUCCUUCACCUCCAUCCCUCCAUCAAGUUCAUCACAAUCCCAGAGGCUGGGGGUUAUCACGUGGUUCAGGCGCUGAGACUCUCUCCUCCGGUUAUACGGCUUCCUCUCCCUAACACAGCUGCUGCUCCUACGUACAUCCUCGUGCCUGCUUCAUCGCCGCCACCUUGCAGACGCCAACUGCCCCCCCUCUCACCAGUUGGCGGUGCAGUAGCGCCCGUCCAGAUGAGCUCAUCCCCGCCUGGAUCUCAGUCAGACACGGCGAGCAGAGCCAUGUGUCCCCCUGCUGCUCCCCCCCUCUCUCCCAGCAUUGAGUCGUCCCCCUGCAAGGAGCCGGUUCUCCCUCAGUCCCCCCCAGUCCUCGAUGUCCCAGGCGUUGUAAAGGACUACAUCCAGGAAGCCAAAGCCCACAUGAGUCAGGCCUGCCAGGAUAUGGAGGCGGGGCUUAACCUGACCUCUCAUUAUGUGGAGGUGAGAGUGAGUCAGAGAGAGAGUGCCUGCUCUGGAAAAAACACAAACAAGUUCCUGGACAAGGAGAUGCUCGCCAUGGGGAGCACGGCGCGUGAGAAGAGCCUGAUGAAGAGGGAUCAGAUCUUCGGAGGCUUGAACGGAAACAAACCCAGACGCUACAUCUUGCUGCUCGGCAGUGCCGGCAUUGGAAAAACCACCCUGAUCAAGAAGCUGUGCCUGGACUGGUCCAGAGACCGCAUCCCUCAGUUUGACUUUGUCUUCUUGUUGGACGGCAAAGCUCUUACUUCAAGGGAACCGAACCUCAGCCUUCAAACUCUCUUAUUGAAUGACUCCUCGUUCGCCUCUCCCUGCACGGACCCGGAGGAAGUCUACGCUCAGAUCCUUGCUGCUCCUAAGAGAGUCCUCGUCGUGUUUGACGGGUUCGACGAGGUACGGGACUACGAAAGUCUGCUCCAGACUCAGGAAAGAGACUUGGUAACAUCACUGCAGAAAGACAGCAAAGCGCAGAUCUUCACUGUGAGACAAUUGUACUCUGCGGUCCUGCAGAGGGUCCUCCUUCCAGACUGCACCCUCCUGCUGUCCACCAGACCACGAGGAAGUGCAAACCAGCUACUGCGACGGACAGACAGCCUCCUGGAGAUGAGUGGCUUCACCCCUGGGGAUGUGGAAACGUAUUUGUCUCAGUACUUCACUGACGCUGCUCUCAGAGACUCUGUGUUGGACUACUUAAAAGACUGCAGCUAUCUACGUCUCCUCUGCUGGAUCCCCGGACUCUGUCGGCUGGUCUGCUUGGUGUUAGAACAGGCCAAAUGUUUGGAGGAUCUACCCAAGACCUUCACAGGACUCUGCCAUCAGGUGCUUCAUCUAAAACUGGAAAAGGACAGGAGGAGCUCGCACUCAGAGGACGAGGAUCAAACAGAAGAACCACAGGCACACAUCACCCAACAAAGAAGUACCCACACAAAGUCUGGAUCCAAAGCCUGCGUUCCGUCUCGCCCCCAACGAGCAAGAAGAACAAAGAAACAAGAGAAAAGAAGUGAGAGGGAGGAGGGAGAGGAGGGGAAGAAUGUUGAUGGAGAAGAAGAUAGAACAAAGGAGAGAGAGCUGCUGACUCAGCUGAGCUCUUUAGCUUGGGAGGGAGUCAAAGCGAGUUCCUCCAUCCUCCCUGCAGGACGCAUAGCCAAGAAACUGAGGGCGUUCGGCCAGAGGACCGGGCUCUUCCUCUCCUCCCACCUGAGGAGAAAGGAAGUGAUCUCAAGUGAAGGAAUAGAGGGAGGAGAAGAAACUGGAAAUGGGGAAAAGACUGCAAACAAAGGGAGUCCUGAAUCCAAUGGUGACCUCUUUCUGUCGUGGGCGAACCCUUUCCUUCAGAGUUACCUGGCGGGGGUCCACCUGUCUCUGUCCAGGACUGUAUCAGACCGGUCUUUUCUCCAGACCCUCCCGUUCCAAUCCGGUCCAAAGGGGCGCCGACGACCUCAGAGAGAGGAGCUUGAGCUCACUCAGCGUUUCGCCGUCGGGCUCUUGUUCCACCAACGCACAGAGCUGCAGAGACUUCACUCCUACACGCAGCCGGCUUUCAGAGACAUGCUGGACAACAAGCAGGCUCUGCUACGUAAACACCUCGAGGGUCUCUCUCACGCGGACCUGACCCCUGCUCAGGUCCUGGAGGCCUGUCACUGUGUGUACGAAGCGAGUAACGGCAGCACGGACAGCGGCGGCUCGGCGUUAGUCUCUCACCUCGCUGCGAAUCUUCCAGAAGUCCUGACUUUUCACGGGGUUCCUCUGACGCCCCCCGACGUGUUCACCAUGCAGAGCGUUCUGGAGAGGGGACGGUCUGAGGGGAGACGGUUCUGUUUGGAUCUGGAGAACUCUGGGAUUCAGAUCUCGGGGCUGAGAGCUCUGGUGGGGCUGGACAACAUCAACACAUACAGAGCGUGCAUCGCUGAUGUCAUCACGUUUUGGGAGCAGCUGGCGCAGAGCGGCGAAGAGGAGCUCCUACGAGGGGCCGUCUCCAGAUUCAAGAUCCAUCCUCUGAAAGCCACCCAGGUGUGCCACAUAGAGCAGCUGGCUUCUCUGGUGAACAUACACAGGCAUGGGAGGCUGUCAGACAGUUUCAGCCAAUCAGAUUCCAUCUUAGCCGAGGGAGUUCCAGCCGUCAAAGAGCUGCACAAGCUGGAGUUUGAUCUUGGCCCUGAAAACGGUCCGCUGGCUCUCCCCAAGCUGUGGGAGCUCCUGCCCGGUCUAGAGAACCUGCAGCACUUGGAUCUAGAGAACAGUAAAGUGGGGGACAAAGGAGCAGAGAAGCUGGCUGAUGCUUUAGUCUCACUCAGUCACCUGGAGAAACUCAAUCUUUCACAAAACUGCAUAGGGGACCACGGAGUGACUAAACUAGCGACCGCUCUGAGGGACCUGCCCAAGCUGCACUGUUUAAGCCUCUACAGUAAUGUGAUCUCUGAUGAAGGGGCAGAGAGUUUAGCGUCCGUCCUCCCACACAUGGCCUCCCUCACAGAGCUCGAUGUGAAGUACAACAAGCUCACAGAUGUCGGAGCUCAGAGUCUUGCGGCGCGUCUGAAGAGCUGUAAGAACAUGAAAACCUUAAGGAUGUGGAACCAGUGCAUUCCAUACGGGGUGUUUGAGCGGCUCCAGCAGCAGGACAGCAGAAUCGAAUGGCAUUAGAGCCGCGUGAACAUCACCUGCAUCCUCUCCUGCUGAUCACACUACAUGAUGUAGAGUUACCAGAGCAUGCAUGCUUAUGACUCAAACACCACAAAACAAACACCAAACACUCCUCUGCUGCUACAUUCAUCAAUCGUCUCACCUGAUUCCUGUACAUAUUGCUCUCAGUGCUGCAGGACCAAACUACGUCUGUGCUCCCAGGAGGACACAGAGAUAAUUACAGAUGUGUAUGAAUUUACUUUACUGGUUGGUACAUAUUCAAAAGCAACAUUUGCACUAUAAGAUUUGACCCAAUGUUGUCUCUUUGCGCCAUUUACAGAUCUGUGCACUCCUGUCUGAACUUACAUGUCUUUUGAUUUGCACCUUUUUAGACAUCUUAACAAAGACGGCACUUUAAUAUAAUAAAUAUGUUUUACUUUCUUA